AUGAACUCUAUGCGUUUUGCUCGCGCCGCUCUGCGGGUUCGUCCUACGGCUUUGAAAACUCCUGUUUUGCGCAGAGGGUAUGCUGAGGCUGUUGCGGAGAAGAUUAAGUUGAGCUUGGCUUUGCCUCAUCAGUCUGUUUACAGAUCCCAAGAUGUCGUCCAAGUCAACAUCCCCGCCGAAUCCGGUGAAAUGGGUAUCCUCGCCAACCACGUCCCAUCGAUCGAACAAUUGAAGCCAGGUCUCGUUGAGGUUAUUGAGGAGAGUGGUGGAAGCAAGCAAUUCUUCCUUUCCGGAGGAUUCGCAGUCGUUCAACCAAACUCUUCAUUAAGCAUCAACGCAGUCGAGGGAUUCCCAUUGGAGGAUUUCAGCGCAGAUGCAGUUAGGUCACAAAUUGCUGAGGCUCAGAAGAUUGUUGGAGGAAGUGGAAGUGAGCAAGAUAUCGCUGAGGCUAAGAUUGAGUUGGAGGUUUUGGAGACCUUGCAAGCACACCUCAAGUAG